CUGCGUGUAAGUGCAGGUGAGAGGUGACAAGUUGAGAGGUCGUGUUAGCAGAGCGGUAAGGCGGCUAUUACUUUUUGCUGCAGCCAUAGUAAGUAAAGGCACUCAAAGACAAGCAAAGCGGUCGUCGCCACGGCUCAUACAUCAAACAAUAACAGCUCGGUUGCUAAACAGUUUCAACGUGCGUCAACUUCUGGGGACGCAAAUGUUGGUAAUCUUUUCGCUAGCUGAUAGCUGGCUUUGCUAAGCUGCUAUGUCGCAACCGAGUGUUUGGACUAACCGGAGCUAUCGGAACUAUUAGCUCUCCUAAGACAAACUUUAAAUCUGGAGGAAAAACACACGAGAAAGAUGGCUGUGUCGGUGCGGGGCCUGUACUUUGUGGUGACCCUGUUUUUGGGUAGUUUCUUUGGAAGUGUCUUCAUGCUGGGUCCUGUUUUGCCCCUCAUGCUGCUGUCUCCUGCUUGGUACCGCUGGAUCACUGAUCGCAUCGUCGCUACCUGGCUCACCCUGCCUGUGUCCUUGCUAGAGCUGGUAUUUGGCGUCAAGGUGGUGAUAACAGGUGAUGGCUUCAUUCCAGGGGAGCGAAGUGUGAUCAUCAUGAACCACCGUACCCGUCUGGACUGGAUGUUCCUUUGGUGUUGUCUGCUCAGGUACAGCUACCUUCGUCUUGAGAAGAUCUGCCUCAAGGCUGUCCUGAAGGCUGUGCCUGGCUUUGGAUGGGCAAUGCAGGUGGCCUGCUUCAUCUUUAUUCAGCGUCGUUGGGAGGACGACAAGAAGCACAUGGAGAACAUGCUGGACUACUUCUGUGACAUCAGAGAGCCAUUGCAGCUGUUACUGUUCCCAGAGGGCACAGACCUCACUGAAAAUACAAGAGCAAAGAGUGAUGCGUUUGCCACCAAGAACAGUCUGCCGAAAUUCGAAUAUGUCCUGCAUCCCCGCACCACUGGAUUCACCUUCAUUGUGGACAGACUACGAAAAGGAGACAACCUAGAUGCCGUCCAUGACAUUACAGUGGCAUACCCUAAGAACAUCCCUCAGACAGAACGCCACCUCAUCCUGGGGCUUUUCCCACGCGAGAUCCACUUCCACGUCCGCCGCUAUCCAGUGGCUUCACUGCCCACCUCUUCCUCUGACCUGGAGUCUUGGUGUCGAGACCGCUGGGCUGAGAAGGAGGUCCGUCUGCGGGAAUUCUACUCAGGCCAACCCCGGGGCUUUGACAGGGACGGUGUCGCACGUGUGCCACCUUGCAAGACGGAGCUGCGAGUGGCACUGAUCAAAGCCGCCUCACUGUUGUACUGGAGCAGCUUUAUUGCUCUGUGCUUUACUGGCCUGUGGCUGUGGGCUCCAUUUAGGCUCUACUUCCUGGUCAUGGUAGGUGUGUAUAUGGCCCAGCAGAAAAUGAUUGGAGGGCUGGAGCUGCUGGAGUUGUCCUGCCAUCGAUACUGGAAGUCAAUGGCUGCCCAUGUGGGUGAAAAGAAGAAGGUACUAGAUGGGAAGAUGCAGUGAGGAUAGAAGACGGGGUCGACUGGACAACGACGCGUUUCCACCUAUGCUCAGCAAGGACACUGAGGACUCAGUUGUCUUGGCCUGUUCAGUCCAGAGGGCUAGAAGAUCCCCUUGAGGGGACCUGAUGCUUUAUGCCUUAGAAAGGGAGUAAUGAAUUCACCUCCUGACAGUAUGCAUGGCUUCAGUGGAGAGAGCUUAACGUUCUGUUGAAGAAGAAAAAGAGGAAUGUUAUAUACGUUAAUCUGUGUUGGAUUCAAGGAAUUCAGCACACAUAAUGUGUCACUUGCCCUUUUCUACGUCUCUCCUUGUAAUCACUGUUAUUUAGCUUGCUGUCGGUGCAUUUUUUUAUCAGUUGAUGUUGUUGGUGUUUAUUAAAUUGUUUGUUUAGAAUUCCAUUGUGGACAUGUGUCGUAAAACAAUGCUGUUCAGUAUUUGUUAAUACUGUUGCCAUGUCUUUGAAACUGGUUUUAUUGUAUGUGUUGCCCUUUGUUUUAUAUUGGUGUCAUAAAUUAUGGAGCAGAGCCAUAGUACAGCCCACCUGUACAUAUGAUGACUUGACUCUAACCAAUAUUCAAAUCAGCACUGUAGUUAGCUGGAUUAGACUGAUGGGACUUAGUCAAAUGAAUCAGUUUCCAAAAGUAGUCUCUAGUCUAGCAAGGAAAGAAAAGGAGUGAUGUAAUUCCCAGAGAAUUAUUAAGGAAUAUACAGGUAUAUAUGUGUACCAUUGUUUACCUUUAUUGGGUAUGAUUACCUUUUUAUACAAAUUGGGGAAUGAACCUUUCCCAGUUAGUCCUGUGAUGAUGUUUAUAACUGUAUAGGUCUUAAAAACAUAAAUUAUGUUGUUCCUCAAGUAGCUUUUGCACAUAAAAGCCAAAGGUGUGAAAAGCCUAUGUGAUUUAAAAAAAGUAACCAAACAGAAUGUAGUCAGUCUUGUCAGGAAAGGGUGGCACACCUGCUUUGAGGUAACAUUUGUGGUCAUCAACUCAUCAAGAUCAAAGAUCUGACUGAGAUCUUACAUGUGGAUAACUGUAGAAGCAGAUGAGCUUUGUGCCCUUUCUGGGAAUGAAGGGAUGCCUUGUAGAGGCAGGAUGUGGGUGGUGCUGGGGUGGAAGAAUGUCCUGUUGGGACAACAUUACCCCUCGAUGUGCAGGGUGGCACAGAGGACCAGACUUGGAGUGGAAAACUGGCCAUGAACUCAACCUAAUCCAAAAAAGCCCUGUAAUGCCCACCUCUGCCUGUGCCCCUCUCUAGAGGACUGGCAUUGAUGCGCCUGCUAAACUCAAUUAGCAAAUGACAGCUGAGAAAGCUACUCCAAUUGUGCCAAAAAAGGACAGAAAUUGAAACAAGAUUGGAGUGGCGCUUCAACCACACUUUUAGCCACAGACUCUCCUUGCCACUCAAUACCCUUUUUAACCAUGUUAAUUCUGGGAGUCCGGAAACAUUUGUGUUGGACAGUCUAUAGCAGUUUCUGUAACACUGUGCAAUGUGUGAUCUAGUUGACCACUUCAACCCUGUUUUUGUGAGACAAGUGUCUUUCACAGUUGACCACACAACAGAAAGUUGACUGAAGCUUUUUUGUUUAUAUCAAUCCGAAGCUCCUGUAGUUAAAGUGUAAAGGGGCUGUUUCCAGUCACUGUGAUCUAGCUGUGUUAACAAUUUUAUCAUCAGCAUGUAGUAGUUUACCAAACAUGGUACUAUAUCUGUUUCCUCAACACUGAACCAGCUAGAAACCCCACGUAUUACUCUUUCACUUGUGCUGUUUUCUGUUGCCCAUUUUACAAUCACUUUUUGAUGCUGGACCUCUUUAAAGUCACUGUCCUCAGGUAAACACAGUGGACACUGUUCGAGUCAGGCUCUUAAGGGAGGAAAUAUGUAUCUAAAUAAAUAUACUAUAUCAACUCA